AUGAACCCGUACUUUCACCUUCCGGGCGACGCUCCUCACGCUUCGCUCACAACCACCCCCGGCGUCGGAUCAACUAUGUUUCGCCGGUCAUCAUACGCCUCUGUUGCUGCUGGUACGGCGAACAACAACAGCGCACAGCCCUACACCCAACCCGCUCGCUCAGGCGCCUUCUCCCAUCUCCUCAACCAGUACUCCCCAUCCCAUCACCAGCUGCACAACCAUUCAAGGAAUCCGUCCCGCGGAAUGGAUAUCGACGGCCAGGGCAGCCUAUCGAGCUCUUACCGCGGCGCCAACCAGUAUUUCUCCUACCCCGCCGGCAUGGACGCCUCUACGCCACCGUUCUUCGUUCCCUCCUACCUCAAGGGAUCGCGCCAUGCUGAGCGCCUCGAGGAAGCUCACAAGGCGCGCAUGAACGCACAGCGCGAUGCGCGCUCUUCAGGAACAGGCUCCCUCUCGAGAAGCUCGUCCAGUGCCAAUCUACACAAGAUGGUCCCCUCGCAUCGCGGCAUGACGCACGACAUCAUCGAACGCGCACCCCCGGCUACAUACACAGAGGACAAGGAGAGAUCGUGGCCGACACGAUGGAAUGAGGAGGACAGGUCUGCAGGCCUUGAGCUGCUAAGGGAAGGCUUGGACGUCAAGUGCGGAUCCAUGAGCAAGACCCAUGACGAGGCGCUGUCGGCCAGGACAGACCAUCCCAUGCCUAGGCAAUGCGGAAUCUACUACUUCGAGGUCACAGUUGUCGGGAAGGGGAAGGAAGGGUUGAUUGGUAUCGGAUUCUCAGGGCCAAAGGUCGCGCUUCACAGAUUACCAGGCUGGGAACCGGACUCAUGGGGAUAUCAUGGCGAUGAUGGAUACAGCUUCUGCAGCACUUCUGCUGGCAAGAGCUAUGGUCCCAAGUUCUCGAUGAACGACGUCAUUGGCUGUGGAAUCAACUUCAGAACCAACACGGCUUUCUUCACAAAGAACGGUGUUCAUCUCGGCGUUGCUUUCAGGAACAUCCCGGUCAGCCUGGAUCUCUAUCCUUCGAUUGGCGUUAAAAAGAACGGCGAACAUCUGCGCGCAAAUUUCGGACAAGAACCCUUUGUGUUUGAUAUUGAUACCGAGUACAAGAGGGAGCAGUGGGCCAUACAAAACGAAAUCAGUCGCACAAACGUGGCAUCCUUAAAACCCGGAGCUGACGAAACAUCAUUGAUCCAUGAGCUGAUUGCUCAAUAUCUUGCUCACGAUGGCUAUGUUGAGACUGCACGUGCAUUCGCAGCAGAGGUUCGUGAGGAAUCACGCGCACUUACUUCAGGAGGAACUUCGAAUGCCAGAGACCUUGAACCCGAGGAAGAUAUCGAUGCUAUUAAUCGCCAGAAAAUACGUGCGGCGAUCCUCGAUGGAGAUAUUGACAAGGCUCUGAAGCUCACAACUGCGUAUUACCCGACCGUCCUCCAAGAUAACGAGAAUAUUUACUUCAAACUUCGAUGCCGCAAAUUCAUCGAGAUGAUCCGGAGAUGCCAGGAACUGCAAAAUCCGACCAGCAAGGCCGGAUUCCGCAACAACGCUGGUAGCAACGGCUUUUCCAGCUCGGCUUACGACGAAGUGUUUGACGGUCAAAUGGAGCUUGACGAUUCGACUCACAAUAAUGCAAGCAACGGCGAAAGCAUGGAUACUACGGGAAGCGAGGCGCUCAAGCUCAACGAGCUACUCAGCGAGACUCUGCAGUAUGGCCAAGAGCUAAAGGGAGAAUUCAGUGGGGACUCGAGGCGCGAAGUCAAACGGGCGUUGGAGGACACUUUCGCGCUCAUGGCAUACAGCGAUCCCAGACAGAGCCCGCUCGCGUACAUGUUGGACCCGAACGAAAGGACACCAGUCGCGGAGGAGCUCAACAGCGCCAUCCUUGUGAGCUUGGGUAAAUCAUCGAGUGCGGCAUUAGAGCGUCUUGUACAGCAGACAGAGGCACUCGUCGAGAAAUUGGCCGAAGACGGCGGCCCAGGUGCAUUCGUCAACGUCCGCGGAGAUUAUCUUGGUGCACAUGAACGCGAGAACGAACGCUACCUCUGA